UAUUCCAAAUUUUAAGUCGAUUUCAAAGACCCUUGUAUAUAAAUCUUGCUUGUCCAUAUAUGCCCAGAGACGCGCCGCCGCUUCUUUUCGUCUUUCCUCGUGAAAUAUUUUAGGCUUUGUCGGUCUCAUCGCUAUAAUUACCUUAAAAAGUUUCGAUUUUUCCUUUGAAUAUACAUAAACCCACGUCGUUUAAAGCAAUACCCAGAUGACAAAUUAAUAAAUCCUAACUAAAGAUCGGAGCUUUUUCGUAGUUAAGUGAUCAUGAGAGCGAGAUUGGUGGUUUUCCCGAUUAAAGGGAAGAAGUGGUGUUUCAGCAGAUCUGUUGAUCCUUUCGCUGCUCAAUCACCGUCUGGAGUUACUCCGACCACUGUACGAGGUUUAUGGAAGAAAAUAUCAUCUGAAUCGAAACCCAUCAAUGCCAACGCAGAGCUUCUCGUCGAUUUCAUCUCUGACAAGAUGAAUAAAGCUUGGGUGGGUCUUGAGAAAUCGCCUGAUGGAUCAAUAAAGAACAAGAUUCAUGGGUUUGGAUUGAAGCUUCUGGCUCGUGUUAAGCCAUCUGAGAUUUUCUUGAAGUCUAUAUCGAAGGAGGUCACUUCUGUACAAGUCACUUAUCCUCCCAGUUUAGAUCCUAGACUCGUACGCAGGAGACUACGGCACAUCGCCAUGAGUGGAACAAUCCUGCACAAGAAGUACCUAGUUGGUUCAGUUACUUUGCUUCCAUUGACCAGUGCAUUUAUGGUAUUGCCACUACCAAACAUACCAUUCUUCUGGGUCUUAUUCCGCACAUAUUCUCACUGGCGGGCUCUUCAGGGAAGUGAGAAGCUGCUUAAGCUUAUCUCAAACGAGUCAAAUCCUGAUAAACCAGACUCAACUGAUGAUGCAGACGAAAGCAAGAACAAGAAGAAGCCGGAACAAAAAUUGCAAUCUCCCACAUGUAUUUUGCUUCCAUCAGAAGAGUUAUAUCAGCUAAUUCGUGACGCUAGCGAGGAAGGACUCGACGAGGCGACCAUAGUAGAGAUUUGCAAAUCCUUUGAUCUCAAUAAGAACGAUGUUCUUAAAUAUCGCAAUCUUGUCUAACUAUUUUGGCAUUUUAGGCUUCUUUUUUAGAACCCAAUUUUAGCUGUUUGAAGCUAUAACUUACGCUCCAAUUCUUUUUUUUUUUGUCUUUUGAUUCCUUGUUGCUUUAAAAACUUCUGUUACUUGGAAACAGUUGAAUUUUUUGAACUACAA